AGAACCUGUCAUAUGAAUGUGGAAGGCUGUCACGAGCAGGAUGGGUAAUCCACUCUCGCGUGGGUCCACUACAAAUGGCCCAAUAAUUAGCGUAGAGGAUGCAAAGGCCUAUGUAUCAGACGAAGAAUAUCGCCGUCUUCAUGCCGCUUUUGCAGGAUUUAAAAAGCCCUUCAUCACAUUCGAUGAGUUCUGCUACCAUGUUCUCGGAGGUGCGCGCAUCCCAGAAGAUAAGCAGAGGGAGCUGUUCAAGUUUUGCUCGAGGAACUCAGAGACGUUAUCAUUUGAGAAUCUUUUGACAGCACUCGUAGGACUAUGCCGCAUCGAGCAAGUUCAGGAACAUUUUGUCGAGGAAUGCAAGGAAUUUGCUUCUUGGGGACUGAGACCACCAUUGCUCACAAUUCCAAUGAGCGAUUCGUACAUAUCAUUUUACGAGGUGAUGUCAUAUGUGACACAUUUAUCCGUCGAAGAAGUUAUGGAAUUAGAAAAAGUAUUUGCGACCAUCAGUGACAGAUCUGUGUGCAAACUUUCGAAAGAUCGAUGGGAUGAAGCGUUAUGUGGAUGCUUUCCUAAGAAAUUUGUAGAUCAGUUAUUCCGCGUUUUCGACGAGAACGGUGAUGAACAGAUUGACUUUCGUGAGCUAGUUUGUGGCCUAUCGGCAAUGUGCCGUGGGCCAUUUCCAAGCCGACUUUCAUUUUUGGCCAAGCUUUGGGAUGCUGAUUGUGAUGCCAAGCUGUCGGAUGCUGAGCUGCACGAGAUGUACGAGGAUCUGAAAGUGCCGCCGAACGAUCGUAAUGUCGCGAAAAGUGCUGGAGAUAAAGCGGCAGCUGUCGACUUUGCCACAUGGGCAAACGGUAACGAGUAUGCAAAAGAGCAUUAUGCCAUGGCAAUGGAAGUCGGACACAUAUGCUUGGGAUUACGUCCAGAAUCUCAUAAAGUUGGAUUGGCACUGGUAAAUUCCUUUGAACAACGCUCAAAGAAUUUGCCAUUGACUGAAUGGAGCAUUGUGUCAUCUGCAUGGCAUAACGAAUGGGCGAAAGCAGCUGCAGAAGGCAAAAGCCCGCCUCCUGUUGAUAAUUCUUCCAUCAAAGGGACCAAGGCCGACGAUGGAUGGAGCGGAAAGGUAGCUUGUUUGUCACUGGAGUCAGCGAACCUCAAGGCGGAUCUGACCCCCAAAGAUUAUAUUGCUGUCCCUCCUGCUCUUUGGAGAGCAUGGUUAAGGUGGCAUGGGAGUGCACAAUCGGUUGAUGGCCAAUUUACUCGCAAGCGACUCAGUGGCGAAUUUUUCCCAGAUGGGAAAGAAGCUCUUGAGUUGUAUCCCAUGGAUAUACUUUUACUCGGUCAUGACAAAAAGAAGCUCAAGGAUGUCGACGGCAUUCAACAGACUUCACCAUGGGCCUGCGCUCAGGUUUCGAGAAGCUGCACCGUAGAUGAGUUACUGCAGUUGUGCAAAACAGAGCUCAGACUCGGUGAUGGGGACGCGAGACUCUGGCUUGUUGGCGAGGAAGGGAAUACUCUUCUCGAUGAUGGCAAGAGAACUUUGCAUCAACUGGCUGCGAAAGGGAAACGAGUGAGCAAGUUUCUGCUAGAGCUGAGAGAUGCGAACGGAGUUUGGCCCGAAGAGCUUCGAGCUUCAUUGACUGGGACGCAGAUUUCUUCUUUAGCUAGCACCUCAGGUCGACCUGGAGCUGUUGGUUUGGUGAACUCAGGCAAUUUCUGCUAUAGAAAUGCGGCUAUACAAUGUCUUGCUAGGGUUUCUCCGUUGACCGAGUAUUUGCUUGACGAAAAUAGGAUGAAUCUGUUAAAAAGAGGUGACGCCAACAAUAACGACUCCUUUACAACAACUCUAGAAUACUCAAAGUUGUUAAAAGAGAUGUGGGCCGCGAAGAAAAAGAACAUCUCACCGAAUAGCUUUAAUGAUGCGGUCCGAUCAGCGGAUCAGUUUGAUGAUGGUGAACAACACGACUGCCAAGAAUUUGUUUCUUUUUUGAUCGAACGAUUCCACACUUGUGUAGCUAAGAUAGAACAUGAAAAAUUAGCGAAUCAUGAGAGCGAAGAAACGGAUACUGAUGCUGGAUCGAGCAGAGCUACGUCUACUACAGCUGGAGAUGAGGAGACAAGCGACGAGAACAUGUCAGAUGAGGAAAAGGGAGAAAAGGCAUGGAAUCAGUACAUUCGAGACAACAAUUCUUUGGUGACGUCGCUUUUCUCAGGCCAACUACGUUCCCGAUUGAUCUGUCGCAAAUGCAAGUCCUCAUCUUCGGUUUUUGAAGCCUUUACUUCCCUUAGUCUUCCUAUUGGUUUUGAGAAUGUCGAACUUUAUCAGAUCAUAGUUGUUCGCCGUGAUGGCAGCGUACCACGACGAUAUGGCUUCCGUUUACCCAGAGAAUGCACCAUAGGGACAUUCAAAGGUCUUAUCGCUGAAGCUAGUGGCGUGCACAAAGAUGCCCUCACGAUUCAGUGCCUAAGCAAGAGGGGUUAUUUCAUGAAAUCCUCGAGCACUGACGAUGACACUCUGCUAAGUUCUGUACCCUCUGGUGCUCGACUAUAUGCCCUUCAUCUACCUGAAGACACUCCAGAAUGGAGAGUAGCCAUUCAUAGGAAACUGCAAUACAACUAUGAGCCAUAUUUUCUCGGUUCUACGGGUGGAUUUGUUGUGUCGCAAUUCGGUCUGCCACUUAUUGUACCCUGCCCUUCGAAUAUCACUGGAAAAGAGUUAUAUGAGGAUGUAAUGAGUCAGAUGCGAAGGUUUAUGGACUCAACAUCUCCGGCAAUCUCAAGUCGUGCUCAUGAUCCAUCUGAAAACAUUUCCUUUGGUUACCCGUUCUCUCUAUGUUUGGUUGAUGAAAGUUGGGAAUGGUGUGGUCAAUGUCCGGCGCUGAGGUUCUGUCGUGGAUGUGCCAUCAAGCCCGAUUCGUCACCGGCUAAUAUCCCUGAGAAUUGUGGAAUAGCAGUUGACUGGUUACCUAUCGCAUUGUACCUGAAGUAUAAUCAUUCACAGGAGCUGGCUUGCGAAGACGAUGAGUCGGUGGCUGAAACGUGGUCAAGACAUUUUGCUCCCUCAUCCUUGGAACAUUGCCUUGAAAAGUUUAGCUGCCCUGAAACUCUUGAUGUGCUUAUACAUUGUGAUACUUGCAAUGAAAAGACGAAAAGGGAUAAAGUGAUGACAAUAUGGAGAUUGCCACGAUAUUUGAUUAUCCAUCUCAAACGAUUCGAAUUCCUACGUGGAGAAGGUCGUAUGGGAAAAUGCAAGCGGGUUAUCACAUUCCCAUUGAGACAGUUUGAUCCAACACCAUUUGUUGAUGGGCAUAAUGGAAAGAGCAAGUACGAAUGUAUCGCCAUAGCGAAUCACUACGGACAACUUUCGUCGGGACAUUUCGUCGCGUACGCCCGAGGCGGUGAUGAGAAAUGGUUGCUUUUGAACGAUUGCUCAGUCAGGGAAGUUUCCGAAGAGGAAGUAGAUCGAGCUGGUGCCUACUUACUGUUCUUUGAAAGAAAGGAUUGAAUGUUCAUAUUGAUUCUAUUUUGUUGAUUUUCACUUCUUCCAUACUUCCAUGUCGUCUUCCUGCAGUUCUUCAAUAUACCAUGAAUUUUGCUCUUUCUUUGUACAUAGGGUGCUCACAAUGUACAAGAGAAUCAGAGAUAGUGCCCAGAAGAAUCUAUCAGUCUUGAGUCCAGUGAUUUUGCUCAUUAGUUUGAUGUGACUCUUACUUAUACUAAGUCCUCAUGAAUUUGUUCUUUGUGCUUGAUUUUGAUGCUGUGAUAAAGUAACUGUUAUAAAUACUUCU